AUGCAGACCGCAAAGCAAAAUGUCCAAAUGCAAGAAUUGACUCAGAUGCCUCCCCAUCCGAAACAUACGUCAUCGUCAAGAGAGAACAUGUUCUCCCUAAAUGCCCGCCCCAGCUUGCAAAAGAACACACCAAAGUGCACAAAGACCUUCAGCGCCGACAGAACUUGCGCAUAUUAUCCCAUAUUCUAUUGGGAAAUGGGAAAGCAACGACCAGAACCAUGUCGUGGCACAGAUAUGGGCGACCUUGACAAAGCGCUUCCACCGAAUCAUUCUCUGACCGACAAACAUCAAAGAUUCUACGAAUUUCAUGACAUUAUUUUAAAGCUACUGGCCUUACGGCAAUCCACUGACCAGGAAGAUCUCAUAGAUUACGCGUGCCGAAUCCAACAGCUGGAUGGACGGUGA